UGUUCCAAAUCAAAUUAAAAUUUGAAGAAACUAAACGAAAAGGCCACGGCAAUAUGCUAUUAUUAACAAAAGCAAGCAGAACCGCCGCCGUCGCUGCCGCAAACAUCAGAAAACUGCUGCCUCUGCCGUCGCCGCCGCCGUCGCAUGCAUAACUUUAAUUUUUUAAAUAUAUUGUUUUUAUUUUGAAUAAUGGAUCGUCGUGCAUUGAAGUUUAUGCAGAAAAGAGCGGACACAGAAAGCGAUACAACAACAACAGCAACAACAGUAACAGCACCAGGAUCCUCUUUGGCAACAGCUCCAGCGGGAGGCGGCACACUACCUCUGAAGGAUAACUCGAAUAUUCGCGAAAAGCCACUGCACAACAGUAACAACAACAACAACAACAACCACAACAAUAACAACAACAACAACAGCUCCCAGCAGCAGCCCAGCAAACAGCACGAGCGGCCCCUGAAGUGCCUGGAGACGCUCGCACAGAAGGCGGGAAUCACUUUUGACGAGAAAUACGAUGUGGCCAGUCCCCCGCAUCCGGGUAUUGCCCAGCAGCCGUCAUCGACACCAUCCGCAGCCACAGCCCAAGCCCAAGCCCAUCGCAACGGAGGAGCCAACACAGGCGCCGGAACACCACCCACUGCACGUCGCCACGCACACACACCGGUCACGCCGAACACCCCGAGCACUCCCAACACUACCAGUAGCACCACCCCACAGCACGCCCGACACAACAGCAACCCCAACAGCGCCAGCCACACGAUGGAGAAGUCACAAAGCCCCGCACAACAGGUGGCGUCCGCCACGACGGUGCCCCUGCAGAUCUCACCGGAACAGCUGCAGCAGUUCUACGCGAGCAACCCGUACGCCAUCCAGGUGAAGCAGGAGUUCCCCACGCACACGGCCGGCACCACUACCACGGAACUGAAGCAUGCGACGGGUCUCCUGGACGCCAGCCAGGCGAGCCAGUUGCAGCAGAUGCAGCUCCAGCAGCUGACGGCGGCGGCAGCGGAUGCAGCCGGGGGAAACGGUUCUGCAGGCGGUGGAGGAGGAGCCCAGGGCGGAGGCGCACCCAGUCCGGCGAACCAGCAGGGACAGCAACAGCAGCAGCAGCAGCACUCGACGGCCAUUAGUACGAUGUCGCCGAUGCAGCUGGCGGCAGCCACCGGCGGAGUGACCGGCGACUGGUCACAGGGUCGGACCGUGCAGCUGAUGCAGCCUUCGACGGGGUUCAUCUACCCACCCAUGAUGAUCUCCGGCAACCUGCUGCACUCCGCGGGCCUCGGCCAGCAGCCCAUACAAGUGAUCACCGCCGGCAAGCCGUUCCAGGGUAACGGCCCACAGAUGAUCACCACCACCACGCAGAACGCCAAGCAGAUGAUCGGGGGGCAAGGCGGGUUCGCCGGAGGUACUUACGCCAUCCCCUCCAGCCAGUCACCGCAGACGCUGCUCUUCUCACCCGUCAACGUCAUCUCCCACUCGCCGCAGCAGCAGCAAAGCCUCCUCCAGUCGAUGGUCGCCCAGCAGCAACAGCAGCAGCAACAACUCAACGCCCAGCAGCAGCAACAACUCAACGCCCAGCAGCAGCAGCAGCUGACGGCUCAGCAGGCGGUGGCCAUGGCCAAGGCAGGAGUGGGAGUGGGUGUGGGUGUGGGAGCCGACGCCCAGGGCAAGAUGCAGGCGCAGAAGGUGGUCCAGAAGGUGACCACCACCACCAACACGGUGCAGGCUGCGUCGGCAGGCGCUGGGGGGGCACAGUCGCAGCAGCAACAGCAGCAGCAAACCACCACCCAGCAGUGCGUCCAGGUCUCGCAGUCGACACUGCCCGGCGUGGGAGUGGGUGUGGGUGUGGGCGUGGGCGGGCAGCUGCUGAAUCCGCUGGGCGGUGCCGGCGCGGGCCAGGCGCAGCAGAUGCAGCUCGGUCCCUGGUUCUGGCAGAACGGCCUGCAGCCCUUCGGCUCGAACUCCAUCAUCCUGCGGGGCCAGCCGGACGGCACUCAGGGCAUGUUCAUCCAGCAGCAGCCCACCACGCAGACCCUCCAGACGCAGCAGAACCAAAUCAUCCAGUGCAAUGUAACCCAGACACCUACCAAGCCUCGCACCCAGCUGGAUGCCCUGGCUUCCAAGCAACAGCAGCAGCAGCAACAACAACAGCAGCAGGCGGCGGCCAACAGUCAAGCGCAGCAGCAGCAACAACAACAACAACAGCAGCAGCAGCAGCUGGCGGUGGCCACGGCCCAACUGCAACAACAGCAGCAGCAGCUGACGGCCCUGCAGCGUCCUGGCGCACCGAUUAUGCCCCACAAUGGAACGCAGGUGCGCCCGGCCAGCUCCGUGUCCACGCAGACGGCGCAGAACCAGAACCUGCUGAAGGCCAAGAUGCGGAACAAGCAGCAGCCUGUCCGUCCGGCGUUGCCGGCCCUCAAGACGGAGAAUGGUCAGGUGGUGGCGGUUGGUGCGGUGCAGAGCAAGGCAGUGGGCCAGCACAUGGCUGCCGUUCAGCAGCAGCAACAGCAGCACCAGCAGCAACAACAGCAACAACAGGCGAACCUUCACCAGGUGGUCACCACAGCGGGAAACAAGAUGGUCGUGAUGAGCACGGGCACGCCCAUAACCCUGCAGAAUGGCCAGACCCUGCAUGCAGCCACUGCGGGCGGAGUGGACAAGCAGCAGCAACAGCAGCAGCAGCUGCAGCUCAUGCAGAAGCAGCAGUUUCUGCAGCAGCAAAUGUUCCAACAGCAGAUAGCCGCCAUCCAGAUCCAGCAGCAGGCAGCAGCACAACAGCAGCAGCAACAAGUCGCCCAGCAGCAACAGCAGCAGCAACAACAACAUCAGCAACAACAGCAGCAGCAGCAGGCGGUGGCCCAAGCGCAGCAGGAUCAGCGGCAACAGGUGGCACAGGCUCAGGCUCAGGCCCAAGCUCAGGUUCAGGCGCAGCAACAUCAGCAGCAACAGGCCCUGGCUCAGCAAAUACUGCAGGUAGCGCCCAACACCUUCAUCACCUCCCACCAACAGCAGCAGCAGCAGCUCCACAACCAACUGCUUCAGCAGCAGCUCCAGCAGCAGGCACAGGCUCAAGUGCAAGCUCAGGUUCAGGCUCAGGCUCAGGCACAGGCACAGCAGCAGCAACAACAACAGCAACAACAACAAAAACAACGGGAGCAGCAGCAGCAGCAGAACAUCAUCCAACAAAUUGUGGUGCAGCAGGCGGCUGGGGCAGGCCAACAGCAACAACAACAGCAACAGCAGCAGACGCAGGCGGGACAAUUGCAGCUGAGCAGCGUCCCCUUCUCGGUAUCCUCGACCACGACGCCCGCAGGAAUAGCCACCUCGAGUGCCCUCCAGGCCGCCCUCUCGGCCUCUGGCGCCAUCUUCCAGACGGCCAAGUCGACCAGCAGCAGCUCCUCUCUGCCCACCAGCAGCGUAGUGACAAUAAGUAACCACACAACGGGUCCCCUGGUCACCAGCAGCACGAUGGCAGCCAGCAUCCACCAAGCCCAGGUCCAGCAGCAGCAACACCAACAGCAGCAGCAGCAACAACAGCAGCAGCAACAGCAACAGCAGCAGCAUCAGUUAAUCUCCGCCAGCAUUGCAGCGGCCACACAGCAGCAGCAGCAACAGCAACAGCAGCAUCAACAACAACAGCAGGGACCACCCGCUCUGGCGGCUGCAUCGCCCUCACCCGCCACGAACCCCAUCAUGGCCAUGACAUCCAUGAUGAACGCCACGGCUGGACCUGUCACCAGCAGCGGAGUGAUGUCCUCUCCUGCAACGCUGGUCGCGUUCAGCGCUGCCAGUGGAGGUAGUCAUCCGGCGACACCCACCAAGGAGACGCCGCUGAAGAUGCCCACCCCCACCGCCACCCUGGUGCCCAUUGGGUCCCCUCUAAACAGCAGCGCCACUAGCCAGGAUCACCAGCCAUCGUCCGUCAACACCACCCCCAGAUCCGCUGCAAACGCCAGUGCCAGUGCCAGUGCCACCGCGGAGGCAAGUAGCUCCACGAGUGACUCCUCCAGGGUGAAUGGAGAGGCCCCGGAGGCGUCUCAUAGCAGCAGCAGCACCACCACCACGCCCACGAAGGCCACCACCAGCACGCCCACCACAAGGCAGAGCAAUGUGGUGCUGCCCACGAGUAGCUGCAGCACCACCAGCAGCACCACUAGCUCCUCCACAACCACGCACAGCGGAAAGGAUGAUGACAAGGACGGAGCGGCUACAGCCACCAGCUUCACCAGCAGUAGCGCACCUUCAACGCCGACCACGACGACAGUCAGCAACGGGAUUGGGAUAGCAACCCUGGCCAGGGCAGGGAGCACCACUGUGACCACCACCACGACGACCAACAGCAGCAGCACUGCGACGACUACACCCACAACUACAACUACAACGACAACGAGCAUCAGCAAUGGGAGCAGCAACGCGGGAGGGAAGGAUCUGCCGAAGGCCAUGAUCAAGCCCAAUGUGCUGACCCAUGUCAUUGACGGAUUCAUCAUCCAGGAGGCCAACGAGCCCUUCCCUGUGACGAGGCAGCGCUAUGCUGACAAGGACACCAGCGACGAGCCGCCAAAGAAAAAGGCUGCCAUGCAGGAGGAGGCGAAGCCAUGCGGAAUAGCCACCGCAACGCCAGCCACAGCCACAACCAAAACCCCAUCCCCAACAGCAGGCAGUGGCAGUGCGACGGACAUGGUGGCCUGCGAGCAGUGCGGAAAGCUGGAGCACAAGGCGAAGCUCAAGCGGAAGCGCUUCUGCUCCCCAGGCUGCGCCAGGCAGGCGAAGACUGGUGUCGCAGGCAUUGCGGCAGCAGCUGGAGGCGGAGUGGGAGUGGGAGUAGGAGAGAGCAAUGGAAUGGGAAUGGAAAUGGAAAUUGGAGGAAUUGUGGGAGUGGAUGCCAUGGCGCUGGUGGACAAACUGGACGAGGCCAUGGCCGAGGAGAAGAUGCAGAUGCAGACGGACGCACUGCAGGCGCUGCAGCCCGAACCGAUGUCCCUUGUGCCAUUGUCAAGCAACACGGAGGUGCCACUGGUGUCCCUUCCUGUCCUGCCAGUCAUGGCAGGCACCCCCGUUCCAGUCCCUCCCCUAGUUGCAGUCGCACUCGCAGUUCCCGCUUCCGUGGCGCUGCCUGCGACUCCGUCUCCGGGUGCCACACCACCAGCUGCAGCGGUGGCGCCCCAGCCACCAGUACCAGCAGCAGCACCCUCCUCGAGCGCAGCGGGCGAGCGUUCGCCCAUCUGCAACUGGAGCGUGGACGAGGUGGCUGACUUCAUACGGAACCUGCCAGGCUGCCAGGACUAUGUGGACGACUUUGUCCAGCAGGAGAUCGACGGCCAGGCGCUGCUGCUGCUCAAGGAGAAUCACCUGGUGAAUGCCAUGGGGAUGAAGCUGGGCCCCGCCCUCAAGAUUGUGGCCAAGGUGGAGUCCAUGAAGGAGGUGGUCCCGGCGCCGGGCUCUGGCGAGGCCAAGGAGGCAACGGCCGCGGGAGGAGCUCAAUAAUACCAGCCUGAUGCUCCAGCCGAUGCCAUUGCCGAGGCAGAUGACGAGGACAUUCCCAUGCCCUCCUACUCGACAUCUCCGCCACCAUUCUCGCUUCUCCGUCUCCGGCUUACGUACGGAUCGAGGCAACAGAGGGAAUUGCCAGAGGGAACUGGGCUGGUGGAGCA